UGAACUUUCCUCUGCGCUAUAAAUACUGGAGGGGCAACAUCUGCACCUCGCAGCGAGGCGUGGUCAGUCUGACAGCGACAGGUGAACCUCUCUCUAUCUCUCUCUCUCUCUCUCCAUCGCUCCAUCGCCUCGUCACUGCGCCAGCAAAAAUGCCAAAGUGCCCCAACUGCCAGAAGGAAGUUUACUUCGCUGAGAAGGUAACGUCGCUGGGGAAGGACUGGCACCGGCCCUGCCUCAAGUGUGAGAAAUGCAAGAAGACGCUAUCAGCAGGCUCACAUGCUGAGCAUGAAGGGAAGCCUUACUGUCACAAGCCCUGCUACGCGGCGAUGUUUGGACCUAGAGGAUUUGGACGCGGUGGUGCUGAAAGCCACGAAUAUAAAUAACAGCCGUGACGUCGUCUGGAAACCAGAUCGAAGAAACCAGCGCGCAGCAGACGCCCCAAUAAAAGCCGGCAAACAAACAGUGUUCUCGUUCAGAAAGAACAUUUUGAGUUCGUGAGCUUUUAUCCUAUGGAUUCUGUUGUUUGAUUUUGUAUUCCUAUUAACUGUAGUCUCAUCUUGAAUCUAAUUAAAUCAUUUGUAAAACUUG